GACACGACCCGAUACGCCGCAUCCCAAGGCCAAUAAUUUUCAUCGCCGGACAAAGGGAAGCGCUCUGAACAGGUGCAUCAACGGGAGCAUCAAUAGCAACGACGCUGUCACAAAGACGUGCCAACUGUCCCUCAAGCCAUAGCAGCCGACGUGACGCUUCGACUCGCACCUCUGCGCAGCAACACAGCAGCAGCAGCAGAGAUGCCGGCCGCAACCUCGACUUCGGCAACCAUGUCGUCCAAUUCGUCGUCUCAGAAAAAGUACAGCACCAUCACUGGCGGUCUGAGCCAGCUCUCGAAUCGAAGUGGGAAUUCAGCAGCCACCAGCGGAGCCGGCGCAAGCAAGCGAGGGAGCGUAAAGGGUCUCUUCGAAGACGGCACCGAUGGGUCCACGACCAACGGCGGCUCCGGCUUCACAACGGCCUCUGGCAAGCGCAUCCUGACUGCCAAUGGGGCCGGCGUGGGUGUCGGCCGCGAAGACGGGCCGUGGAGCGUCAGCGUCGCUGAUGCACCCCCCUCAGACAAGAGCCGAGAGCCAAGAAAGAAGCAAAAGGUCACUAACCCCAUGUUCACCCUCUACGUCACGACGCCCACCCACAACCUCACGCUGCUUCGCUCGACGGCCGAAAUUGCUGACCUCGACGCCAAGCUACGGGAAUCGCAUGCCUCCCUCCCACCGCUGCCGCAGCUGUCCGGUGUCGCGGGUGCUCAUACCCCGCCAGCCCAGUCGCAAACCAGUCGCAAAAUCCUUCAGACUAUCUCUAGGACGCUGUCGCCCAACACGAACAAGACCAGGGUGGCGUUGAGUAACCUCACUGCUUCUGGUCAUGCCCUCGCAGAGCCCAACGGCGGCACAUCGCCUGCCAAGAACAAGGCGAGCACCGCGGUGUCCCCCACGAACGAAGCUGAGGAUGCAAAGGCGCCUACCACUCACCUUGCCACCUACCUCACCACCAUCUCCAAUCUUGCCCCCGUUAAGCGACACAAGGCCUGGCGUCGUUUCGUCCGUGUCGGCUCUGAAGAUCUCGAAAGCGUCCGCGUCGAGCGUCGGAUCCGCAAGGUCCGUAGCGAUCUCGCUCAGCACGUCAAGAUGUCUGUUGCCCCCACCAACACCAAUGUUGGCGCCACGCCGAGCCAGUCAGACAUCGGCGAGGAAGGCGGACGCACAGACGACGAUCGAUCCAUCAGUGGAAGAUCGACGAGUCACUCCUACACCGGCUCUCGUCAGGGAAGAGAGCGACCCGAUGUCCCUGCGAGAUCUACCUCGGUUGACCCUGAACGACAGGCUCAACAGGAAGCAACAAGGAAAGGAGGCAACUUCGCUGGCAUUCCCGAGGAGUUGGAGAGGGAGAGACAGGCGGCGAAUGAGGAAGUGUCAACCGACGCCGACGGCAUCGAUUCUCGCUCGGGCGACAAGACGUCGUCGCACGACGUCGAGAAACGGGAUCGGAGGCAUCGAAGGUAUCCCCGAAACGAGGUCGAGAAGGUCACUGUAGACGACUUUGAGAUGAUCAGGGUGCUUGGCAAAGGCUGUGCUGGCAAAGUGCUGCUUGUUCGGCACUCGCCGACAAGAGGGCUCUUUGCGAUGAAGUCGAUCCACAAGCGGCAUGUGCUGGCGCAUCAGGAGCUUCAGCAUACCCUCACCGAGCAGGCCGUGUUGAAACGAAUGGCAAAGGAGGUCAUGGACCCGUUUGUCGUCAAGCUCUGGUGGAGCUUUCACGACAAAAACAAUCUCUACCUCGUCAUGGACUUUCACCCCGGCGGCGACCUGGCCACGCAGCUGUCACGAUGGGGUCGCUUGGGUCGCGACCGGGCACGCUUCUACGCAGCCGAGAUCGUCGAGGGUGUAGAGGGACUUCACCGUGCUGGUGUCAUCUACCGAGAUCUCAAGCCAGAGAACGUCCUGAUCGGGUCCGAUGGGCACAUUGUCCUUUCUGACUUCGGCUUGUCUAAGGAGUUCCCAGUUCGUGAUGUUGGUGGCAGCUCGACGCCUCCGCCCGGGUCGCCUUCACGGUCACAUUCAAGCAGAGACGUCAAGGGCGGUGGCCACACGCCCCACUGGCUCUCUGCUUCAGAAGACGGUCGGAGCUCCUCAUCGGUGUCCAGCGGUGAUAACGCAUACACGCAUUCUGGCAAGUCACGCAACCGUUGGGCAGAUGAACGCGAUACAACGACGACAUUCUGCGGUACAGCCGAAUACCUGGCGCCAGAAGUGAUCCAGGGCGCCGCCUACUCCUAUGAGGUCGACUGGUGGAGCUUCGGCACGAUGCUCUACGAAAUGCUGACGGGCAUCACACCUUUCUGGGCCGACACGCAUGCGGAGAUGUACGUUCGCGUCCUUCACGACGACCUCACCUUCCCCGACGAUCGCGUCCUAGACCAAGACACAAAGAGCAUUCUUCGCGGUCUCUUGCAGAGGAACCCAAUGUUGCGCAUGAAGGAGCCGCGGAUCAAGCGUCAUCCAUAUUUUUCCAUGAUCGAAUGGGCCCACGUCUUCCACAAGCGCUACAUUCCCCCAUAUAUCCCUCCCAUCAACCCCCUCGAUGAGACCGAUACACAGAACUUCGACGAGGCUUUCCUGGAUAUGCAGCCCGUCAUCAACGGGGCCGAUGACGCCGACGACUUUGGCGACGAUCCGCCGACGCAAGGGCAGACCCAAGCCGAUGGAGACACCACCCUUGGGUCCAAUGGUGUCGCUUCUGGCGAUUCGGCUGCAAACGCAACACGCCACGGAGAGCAAGCUACCGAGUCGGCCGACAGCAAAAGCUUGUUCGAUGGCUACUCGUUCCGUGGUCGCCGAGACUCGGAGUCGGCGCAGUCUUCGAUCAUGUCCUUUGAUGCUCUUUCAAAUGGCGAACGGGCAAAGGAAGCCGCCGCUCCAUCAGCAGCCGCACCGACUGCGACGAGUGCCUCUGCCUCUGCUUCUGCUCCUUCUGAUGCUGCUGCUGCCUCAACAGCGCGAACCAGAGUCGUGGAAGAAGAGGAGGAUGACGAGUCGGCAGCCAGAGCUGCUGUUGCUGCCCUGGCUCACCUGGAAAGCGAGGCGGCCGCGGCCGAAGCCAUCAGCGGUGGUGAUACGACCAUCACGUCGCAGCCAUCGGACCGUUCUGUGAUUUCUUCCGCUUCCGAGUCAAUAAGCGAGCCCAGACGACCAGCGGAGGAAUCCAAGAAGGUUAGCAGCGCAAAGGUCGCCAAGCGCAGCCCAGCCUCAGGCUUGCCUGCCCACGCCACCAUUGCCGAAACGGACGGCGACGAUGAGGAGGAGGUCGACGAAGACUGGGACAUGAUUGAUGCCCCUUCGUCGGACGCAAUCCAGUCUGAGAUCAAUGGUGGCAAAGGCCAGAAUCUCUUUGCCCGUGGCGUCGUCGACACCUACCGUCUGCUGCGACGCCAAGAGUCAAGCCGGCUUCCAGCCUCGCCCAGCUACAGUAGCUCGUCGAAUCGGCCCUUCAACAGGCUGUCGCGGAGACAGCCAUCUUCUCGUCGUAACCUCAAGGUCAACAACGACAGCCAUUUGACCUCCGGCAGCGCGGCCAGCCUGGAGUCGUCCAACGCCAAGAGUGGCGGCGAAGACGACACUCCUGACGCGGAGCGCGAUGGCCCAUUAGCCACGUCUACUACGAUCAACGAAGAGGACGGUGAGGAGGCUGCUGCCGCUGCUGCUGGUGCCGCCGGUGCGGGCGGCGCGGCGGCAGCAGGUUCUGCACAAGCAGGCAUCCCGGCAAAGCCUUCUGCUUCGACUGCUCGACAAAGAAAAGCAGGCAGUCCCAGUUUGGCGUCGUCGGAUGACUUACCGGCAAGCAGCAGCAAGGCCCGGCUCAAGAAGAUUAAGCGCUUCACCAGCUUCUUUGAGACGGCUGGUCGCUGAUUCCACUCACAUUCUUUCGCUCCGUCUUUCCAUUGCAUCCCGUUCACACGGUUGACAUAUACCCCUCUUUCGUUCUCUGUUCCACGGCCACUCUUUUCGCCUCGCCAGUAACUAGGGUACGUCCCUGACCCACCUUUACCUC